AUGAGAAUAAUGGAAAUGAAACGUGAGGAAUUGAAUUAUUCUAUUGAGAGACUGGUUGGUGAAUCAGUGCCGAAGAGUCCAUCGGCAGUGCCAUUUCUACAAAGACGUAUCUUCGAGCAGCACAACGAUCAAUGGCAACGUUCAGCAAUGAAUCCCACAUUUGCAUUACAACAAAAAAUGAUGCUUAUGCAACAAGGUUUUUGUGAAUUUUGCGCUCAUUAUCCUCUCAAUUAUGUAAUUUNGAGCAUAAUUUUGGCUAAUGCAAGAAAGACUAAAUGUAAGUUUGCAGUUGCUUCACCAGUGCGUCCAUUUGCGUACCCGAUGGCUGCUGCUGCUACUGCUGCCGCCGCAAUGGCCUCAUCCGGAUUCAGGAUUGGUGGUGCGCAUCCGUUGAGCACAAACGGUAUUCAGAUGAAUGCGGCGGUAUCACCGCAAGCAUGGAAUCUACACAUCCGUCAGUUGGCUCUGAACUUGAUGACAUUGCAAAGGUUGCAGUCAACAGUGCCAAGCGAUCGAGCUUGCAGUCCAAUUAAAGCGUUAAGCACUUCAUCCAACGAUGCUCAACUCUCACCCAACACAGCAUUCUCUUGUGCCAAAUGUACAAAGUUCUUUAAUAGCUCACAAUGCCUCGAGCAGCAUGUGCAAAUGCAUUCGUCCGACAAACAAUUCGAAUGUAAGCAAUGCGGUAAAACAUUCAAACGGUCAUCAACGCUGAGCACACAUCUGCUCAUUCAUAGUGACACACGACCAUAUCCAUGCGAGUAUUGUGGCAAAAGGUUUCAUCAGAAAUCUGAUAUGAAAAAGCAUACUUAUAUCCAUACAGGUGAGUGUUUUAAUCACUGUAUUAAUUCGCCUUCAUGUUGGAGACGUGCUAAAUUCUACUGA